AGGCAUUGGCUGAGGGAGAGCCAGCAUUAUAGCUGCUCCUGCUUGAUAAGGAAAGCAAGAGGAGAGGGCGCUGGACGUCAUGGCAUCCAAAGACACCGUCGCGACUGCUUUUCUCACCGUGAGUCGGGAAAUGACAGAAAGCAUCAGACGAGUUAUCGGCAAGACAUCAAUCAAGUUGAUGAGAGCUAUCAAAGUAGAGAACAAGAGUGGCAAAUCAGAAGAUCGGAUUCUGGUUUUGGCAACAUGGCGGCUGUACCUCAUGGCCCCCAAGAUACCAACCAAGGUGGAACAAACGUUCAACUUCCUGGAGAUUCGGGCAAUGAACACCCACCCGGAUAAUCAAGUUGUCAUAGAAACAGACAAGUCCCCAUAUUCCCUGAGGCUGCAGUCUAAUGACCACCUGGAUCAGCUGAUUAACCACAUCAACUUUGCUCUCUCUCGGAUCUUCAACAACUCCAUCUACAC